UAUUCAAAUGAGCAAAACCUCCUUUGGUGAAUUGCUUUAAUCUGAUCAGAGCCAAGAGAGUUAAUCAGAAUCAUCAGAGUUUAAAGUUGAUUUACGUAAACAAAGAGGUAGUUAAACAGCCAAUGCUGACGCUAAACGUUACCAUAAAAUUCCAUUAAAAACACAAAUUUUAUUGUUUUAGAUGGUCUUUUCUUAAGGAAAACGAAUAAAACAGGUAAUAACCAAAUAUUCUAUAUUUAGGUUGCGAAAUCAUUAGGAAUGAAUUACUCAAGUGCAAAGUCUUUGAUCCAUUAUUACAAAAAUGCUAAAAGACCUAUACCUACUGCUAUAUCUAGCAUAAUAAAUUUAAAUAAAACAUGUGGUUUCAAGAAAUUGAGAAAAGGUAAUGAUAAUUUUUUCGUUGACAUAUAAUUAAAAAAAAAAAGUAUUAGAAAAUACAAUUAUCAUCAACGAUUAAAGGAAGAACAAAGCAAAUGUACCAAAUGA